UAAAGUAUAUGAGGCAACUAAAUAAAAAGCUCUUUGAUACUGAAAAGGCAUUUGCCGAAUGGAUUAAUACUUUUGAGUCAGAGGAGGUUUCCGAUUUUGCUUCUGAAGUUGAAAAGUUUCUGAAAGUUCAUCAUAAAUUUAACAGAUCUGUUGCUGAGCAGUUAGAACUCGCUUCUACAGCGUUGUCGACUAUAUCUGGUACAGAAACAUUGAGAAAUACCGAGCUUAACAAAUAUAUGAAGUGCAAAAAGGAACGUGAUGAAUUUAAACGAAAAAAUAUGGAUGCUAUCACUUUGGGCAAAUAUGAUGAUAAAGUUGCCCAUUCCUAUGCAACUGUCGCCAGUUCUCAAUAUAUCUGUGAAAAUAACAUAAAGAAGUGUUUGAAACCCGCACUAUUUGGUUAUUGUCUAGCAAUAAAAAGAGGAGAUGAGUCAAUUAAUGAAUUGGUGAGCUCAACAGCACUAGAUUUAGAGUCAUAUGAGAAGCAGCUUACGACCAAAAAUCCUGUAUUUGAUUAUCAUCAAAAUUUGUCGGAGAUAAAUAUUAAUGCGACAAAAAGCGAUAACUUCAAUAAUUUAUAUGGCACAAUGUAUAUUCAGCGGCCAAAUCAUGAUCUAGCUAGCCACAGUAAUUUUAAUAACUUGAACUUAAAGCCUGAAAAAAAAAAUAAGAAUUUUGAGAUAAAUGGACAAAAUAACAUUUCUGGCGUGAGCGAUGAACUAUCCGAGUAUGAAUCCGAAGAAGAAGACCUGCGUCGCAACAUUUUCUUCAAUAGUCCUUAUGACUACGAAGUUGCGCAUGAAUCUAAAAUUCCCCAUUAUCAGAGCCCGUUUUAUAAAAAAACACUGCAUAAACAUGAAAUAAAAAAAAAUAACUCUGAAUUUCAUGGCAACGAAACCCAGCCUCUUGCACAAAGGGAAAUACCAAACGAUUCUCAAAAUUUUGAUUCGACCGAAAAUUAUGCCACAUUUGUGAACGGAAAAAUGCAACCGCCAGAUCAGAGAGCAAAGUUUGUGGGAUCGAUAAUCAACGACAGCUCGAGUGAGAUGUGGAAUUCAUAGAUUGAAUUAUGCUAUCAACCAUUUCAGAUUCUUUAAGGUAAGCCGAAACAAAUGAUUGCUGUAUAUGCUCUUUGUUUUUUUAUAUAACAGAAUAUUAAGAUCCAAAUUUUUUGCAUAAGAGCUUUUGUACGAUUAAUGUAUAAUACUG